AUGGCUGCAAGUAGUGUGAGUGAAAAGGAUAUACCUCCAGAUAACCGUCAUACGAUGGGGGACUUAGAGAAAGGUUCAUUAAUUGAAUCCGCCAGUUCCAGUAGGGAACGCUAUUCUACUAUUGCAAAAAAAGAAGAUGGGAAUGAAAAGCAAACUUACGGUGGGGAAACUCCCCCAUCUUCCGACUCUCCCGUUGUACGGGGGAACGGCGCGGAGUCAUUACCCCGCGAUCUUCCCGAGGGUGAUUCUUACGAUCAGCUUGGGUUCGAACCCCCAAAGGGGAUAAAGGCAUACAUGUUCUCUAGAACUGCCCACGCCGGUGCAAGGGGUUUAAGACUUCGAGUUCUUUGUUCGGCUACUGCUGUGAUUGCGUUCUUGCUUUUCGGAUAUGAUCAGGGUCUGAUGUCCGGUGUUAUUAGUGGUGAUGAAUUUAACAACGAAUUUCCUGCAACGAAAGAGAAGGCAACUCAUAAAAGAACCACUGUUGUUAUUCAAGGUGCUGUUACCGCUUGUUACGAACUGGGAUGUUUUGUCGGUUCAGUCUUUGUUAUGUUUUUCGGUGAAAAAAUUGGUAGAAAGCCUUGUAUUAUUAUGGGUGCUUUGAUCACAAUUGUCGGUGCUACCAUUUCUACUGUUGCAUUCCAUCACGCAUGGGGUUUGGGUCAAUUUGUUGUGGGUCGUGUUGUUACUGGUGUUGGUACUGGUUUGAAUACAUCUUCUAUUCCCGUGUGGCAAUCAGAAAUGGCUAAGCCUAAUGUUAGAGGUCGUCUAAUUAACUUGGAUGGUUCUACCAUUGCUCUUGGUACGAUGAUUGCCUACUGGUUAGAUCUGGGCUUUUCCUUUAUUAAGAACUCUGUUCAAUGGAGAUUCCCCGUCUCACUGCAAAUUCUGUUUGCCCUAGUACUAUUCUUUGGUAUUAUUCAAAUGCCCGAAUCACCACGUUGGUUAAUUGGACAAAAGCGUGUUCAAGAAGCCAAGUAUAUUCUCGCCUGUUUAAACGAUUGCAGCAUGGACGAUGACGAAAUUGUCGCCGAAGUUACCAUGUUGAUUGACACCGCUAGAAGAUUUGAAAAUAAGAAGCGCAGCAUCAAGGAUCUAUUGACCAACGGUAAGACUCAAAAUAUGAACCGUGCCAUUAUUGCUGCCUCCACCCAAUUCAUGCAACAAUUCACUGGUUGCAAUGCUGCCAUUUAUUAUGCUACUAUUUUGUUUCAACAAACUUUGAAAAGGUCUCGUACUGUAGCAUUGAUCGUUGGUGGUGCUUUCUCUACCGUCUAUUUCUUCUCGACCAUACCUACCUUCUACUUAGUUGAAAACUUAGGUCGUCGUCCCAUGUUUUUAAUCGGUGUUACCGGUCAGUGUUUGUCGUUUGUCAUUACAUUUGCUUGUUUGACCCAUCCUACUCCAGAACACGGUAAAGGUGCCGCUGUCGGUCUUUUCUUGUUUAUCGUGUUCUUCGGUUUGGCUAUGUUGCCACUACCAUGGAUUUACCCACCUGAGGUCGCUUCUAUGAGAGUUCGUGCUGCUACCAAUGCUUUGUCAACUAUGUGUAACUGGUUGACAAACUUUGCUGUCGUUAUGUUUACACCAGUUUUCAUUCAAACUUCUCAGUGGGGUACCUAUUUCUUCUUCGCUUUAAUGAACUUCAUCUAUAUCCCAGUUGUCUUUUUGUUUUACCCUGAAACUGCAGGUAGAUCAUUGGAGGAAAUUGAUGUCAUUUUCGCCAAGGCCCAUGUGGAACACGCUCAACCUUGGAGAGUUGCCGCCAAGUUACCUAAGUUAUCAAUGACUGAAGUUGAGGACUACUCCAGUGCCUUGGGUCUGUACGACGACGAAAACGAAAAGGAGGGUAUUGAAGGUGGAGAAGGAGAUGAAGAACCACAGGAAAAUGCACUUUUCACCGCUGAGCCAUUGAACGGCUCUUCUUCGUCGCGUGAAUCUGAGCGGGCUCCUCACGCUUAA